AUGUCAAAGCUGGGCCUCUGGUAUGAUGACUGGCUUAUCAUAGCAGCUUCUUGCUGCGCCACGGCAUGCCUUGCGUCUGCCAUCUGGAUUGUGACGGUGUUAAGGCUAAAGCCAGACCCGGGCGACUACGCCAGGUCAUUACGUGCAGUGUCUGACGUGCUGAAAGGCACUUUCAUCUCUGAAAUCUGCUGGACGAUCGCCAUUUGCAUCGUCAAAUGUUCCAUCCUGACGUUCUACUGGCGCCUUUUCAGGCUGCAGGGUGGAGCGGUUCGAAUCGCUAUCUGGGCAUUUUUCGUGGUUGUGGUAUGCUGGGGAAUCGCCGUGGGGGUCGCAACUAUCUUCCAAUGUUCUCCAAUCCAAUAUAUGUGGGAACCUACGAUUCCUGGUCGGUGUAUUACGGAUACGUAUUGGUUCUUUGUGGGUUCUUCGAUACCGCACAUCAUCACCGAUCUAGCUCUGAUUGGUCUACCAAUGCCACGGAUCUGGAAACUCCAAAUGCCUCGAUCACAAAAGAUUACGGUGAGUGCGAUACUUGGCUUGGGUGGCUUAGUCACAGUCGUUUCUUUCUUUCGCGUGAUCAAUCUCACUAGAUCAAACGGAGAAAAGGCUACAAACGAGGUCAGCCUCCUCAUUUGGACGGGUGUCGAGGUCAAUAUGUCCAUCGUUUGUGCCUGCCUUCCAUGCCUCCGCCCCAUAAUAACGUUAAUCUUCGGAAAGCUCAAAUCACUACGUGAACACAAGAGCACGCACGAACGGGGUUCAGAAUUGCCUAUGGAUAUGCUGAAGUUAGACAGUCCAGCAGCAGUGUUGGCAGUAUCGCGGCAACAGAGUUGGGGUGAGGGAGAGCGUCCCAUGCUGGACUCUUCAGCAGACGCGGAAGAUGGCGCGCCAGGGCACGUUGAUCUUGGAGAUUGA